AUGGGAAAAGCCGCUGUUCGGUUAGUGUAUGUGAUUUUCUGGGUGAGUUUCGCCGGUUGCCUGGAUGUGACAUUUGCCUUCAAAGACUGCGUCGGAGUGGAUAGUACCCUGGCCUGCUACGGUGCUAGGGUAAUGCGAAAUGUGAUGAAACGGUUGACGUCGGAAAAAUCCCUAAAACUGAUGCCCGGUGUUGAGAUCGUACCAGUCGAGCGCAGCGACGAGGAACAGGAUCGAACUGUCAACGAGAUCGGUGAGGAACGGGAGGGAGUGCUGGAUCGUAUCGGAGGAUAUCUGGCGAGCCACGAGCUGAAGAUUAAUUUGGGGAAUAUGGCACAGAAGGGUGAGAUUCAGAAUGUGGUGCGGUCGACGCUGCUAACGGUUCAACGGGAGCUGACGGAGAAUUUUGAAGAAGCCCGCAAGAAGGACAAGGGUGGCCUCGGUAUGAUCAUGAUGAUGGGUGUCAUGAUGAGCAAAAUGAUGGGCGCCCUUGGAAUCGGCAGUGUCGCGAUGCUAGCGAUGAAAGCGCUCGGUGUGUCGAUGAUGGCCCUGCUGCUGUCGUCGAUUAUCGGACUCAAGAAGCUGAGCGAAAGCGGUGACCAAAAGGGCCGCCAGAGUCAGGUGGAUGUGCGCAUUGCUUCCGAUGAGCCGAACGGCUAUCAGUUCGGAUACGAUGAAUCGGCAGAUGUGAUGCGUCGGCGGCGGCGACGACGACGGUCACCGAAAAUGUCACCCGAAAAUUGGGCCUAUCGAGGUUGGACUGAAAUGGUGCAGUAG